AUGCCGCCACUCCUUUCCUUCCAUUCUUCUUCCAUUAUUAUCAUCCUCAUUCUCUUCAUCAACAGCAUUUUCUUCAUUCACUCCUCAUUGGCUUCAUCUAAAACAACAAUUAUAAAAACAACAGCAAAUAAUUACAAUAUUAAAAUAGUGGCAGGAAGUUAUGGCAAUACCAUUGAUUCCUAUCAUUUUCCGAUCAUAUCCGAGAGUCCAAUUUAUGUGCAAUCAUCCUCAUCAUCAUCAUCUGUGGUGGUGAUGGAGAAGGAGGAGGAUGAUGGUGAUGAAAUAAUAUAUUUAUCAGAUACACAGUUUUGUGUGGUGAGGAAAAUUCAGAAAAGUUUGAGUGUUGUGGUGGCAGGAAAUGGAAUUUGUGCAGUUCCUGGAGAGACAAGUGGAUUGGCUGUUGAAUUUUCAUUGACAUCACCAGGUGGUGUUUAUUUGGAUGAAUCUACUAAUAUAUUAUAUAUUUUGGAUAAUGGAUUGAGUAAUUCAGGAGGUUUUGUUAGAACUGUUGAUAUGUCAAGUGGAAUGUUAAAUACUUUGCAAUUGACCUAUGAACCUGCAGUGCUUAUGUUAAAAAGUCCAACAAUGAUAACAAAGAAUGGUGGAAUAUUUUACAUUGCUGAUACUGGCAAUAAUGUUAUUAGAAGUUUGACAUUUACUGGACAAAAUACUGCUCAUUGUAAAGUAAUUAUUGGUGCAGUCAACCCUGACGUAUCAAUGAGUUGUGUUAAUGUUGACCCAUUGAGUUGUCAACUUUCUUCUCCAACAAGUAUUACAUUUUCAUCUGAUGGAAUGAUCAUUACUGACCAGCAAAACAGUAGAUUUCUCGCUUUACAAAAUGGAAUUGUGUAUCCAUAUUCUUUGGUAAUACCAACUCCAUUGCAAAUAAUGAGUUUGGGAAAUGCUGAAUAUAUAGUUUCGAAUGGAGAAAUAUUGUAUUCCCUCACACAAACCACAAAAAAUGGUGCAGAUUCAACUAUUCUCCUGAAGGAUAAAAGUUGGCCAAUUGGAUAUUUUGGAAUUGAUUCAGCACAAACUAAUCUUUAUUUCAUGAGUCAAUUGCCAAAUUUAGCAGUAUCACAAAUUGUUAAAUUCAACAUUCAAUCUCUUGGUCAGCCAACAGUCAUUGGUGGUGCAUAUCCUUAUACUUUGAGUCCAAACGUGCCUGCUUCUAGUUACUAUUUUAAUGGAUUAACUCAAUUAGAAUAUGUCAGUGAUAGUGAAAUUUAUUUCGCAUCCUAUAAUACAGAUAUUAUCAAAUUUGAUAUGACAGCAGGAUUGGCCACAAGAAUUGCUGGUAAUAUGAAUCAACCAUCAGCGUUAUCAAAAAUUUCUAAAGGCCUAUUAGUUGCAGAUACUGUUAAUAGGUUAAUUAAACUUAUUGAUGGUGGUGGAUCUGUCUCUACUGUAGCAGGUACAAAUUCAAAUGGAAUAGGUUGUCCUGAAGGAGUUCAGGCUACUAGUUGUGAAUUGAAUUUACCCAGUGGUGUGGUAGGUACACCCUCAAUACUAUCAAAUCAAUACAUGUUUGUAAUUGCUGACAGUAAUGCUAAUACUCUAAGGAUGGUAGCUAAUGAUUUCACUGUUACAACAUUAGCCAACUCUGUAUCAAAUGUGAGAUAUCCAACGGGUUUAUAUUACACUGCUAAUGGAGAUUUAUAUUUUGCUAAUACUGGAACUUCUCAAAUAAUGAAAUUAGCUCAUGAUAAUACCAUCGCAGUAAUUGCAGGAACAGGAGAAAAAGGAAACAAAGGCGAUGGUGGAUUAGCUGUGAAUGCUGCAUUGAAUUACCCAACACAGGUUACUGUCACUUCAAAUGGAAUAUUGUAUAUAGCCGACACUGGCAACAAUGCUAUCAGAAAAAUUGAUUCCAAUGGUAUUAUAUCUACUGUUACACAUAAUGCUAUUCAAGGAAUUAAUGGUGUUGCCACGACUUCUGAGGGUGAACUACUAUACGCUGAUAGUUAUACUGUAAGAAUGAUUCAAUCGGUAGCAUGUAUUAAUCCACAAGGCCAAGUUUGUUCAAAUCAUGGGAAAUGUGUGGAUGGGCAAUGUCUAUGUGAAAGUGGAUGGAGAGGUGAUUCAGUGUGUGGAACUUUUUCAUGUGAUAUUCCAAAACCACCAAAUGCACAUAAUUGUAUUGGACCUAACCAGUAUUCAUGUAUGAAUGGUUGGUUUGGAGAUUUGUGUAAUUUACCAAUUUGUUUUGGAAUUCAAUAUAAUAAUUCAGCUGUUUGUAGCUCACAUGGAAAAUGUGUAUCUAACAACACAUGCAAUUGUGAAAGUGGAUGGAAUGGAAAUACAAAAUGUGGGACCUUUUCGUGUGACAUUCCAAAACCACCAAACGCCUUUGAAUGUAUUGGACCUAAUCAAUAUUCAUGCAUGACUGGUUGGUUUGGAAAUUCUUGUGAACUACCAAUUUGUUUUGGAAUUCAAUUUAAUAAUUCAGCUGUCUGUAGCUCACAUGGACAAUGUGUAUCUAACAACACAUGUAUUUGUGAAAGUGGAUGGAGAGGUGAUUCAGUGUGUGGAACUUUUUCAUGUGAUAUUCCAAAACCACCAAACGGUCAGCAGUGUAUUGGACCUAACCAGUAUUCAUGUAUGAAUGGAUGGUUUGGAGAUUUGUGUAAUUUACCAAUGUGCUUUGGGAUUCAAUAUAACAGCUCUUCUGUUUGUAGCUCACAUGGAAAAUGCAUAUCCAACAAUACAUGCAAUUGUGAAAGUGGAUGGAAUGGAAAUAAGCAAUGUGGGGCCUUUUCGUGUGACAUUCCAAAACCACCAAACGCCUUUGAAUGUAUUGGACCUAAUCAAUAUUCAUGUAUGGAUGGAUGGUUUGGAGAUUUGUGUACUUUUCCAAUUUGUUUUGGAAUUCAAUUUAAUAAUUCAGCUGUUUGUAGCUCACAUGGAAAAUGUAUUUCCAGUAAUACAUGCAAGUGUGAAAGUGGAUGGAAUGGAAAUAACCAAUGUGGAGCUUUUUCAUGUGACAUUCCUUCUCAACAUGGAAUUUGUAUUGGUCCAAACACUUUCAAAUGUCAAGAUGGAUGGACAGGACUCGAAUGUGAAAUUCCAAUUUGUUUUGGAAAAUUAGGAAAUGAUCCUAGAGUGUGUAACUCACAGGGAAGAUGUAUUUCUAAUAAUACAUGUCAAUGCAAUAGUGGAUGGAAAGGAAAUUCUGAAUGUUCUCAAUUCUCAUGUGAUGGAAUGGCUGAAUGUUCUCAAAAUGGUAAAUGUAUUUCUAAUAAUACAUGCCAAUGCAGAUCAGGAUGGUCUGGACCAAAAUGUGAUAUUGUUGCAUGUGAUGGAGUUCAAAACUGUCAUGCUAAUGGUUUGUGUAUUUCAAACAAUACUUGCAAAUGUAAUAGUGGAUGGGAAGGUCAAUCAUGUUUGGAGUAUAAUUGCAAUGGUACCAACAAUUGUCAACCGAACGGUCUAUGCAUUUCGAAUAAUACUUGUAAAUGUAAUGAUGAAUUUGGUGGAAAUGAUUGUUCAAUACCUUACUGUUUUGGAAAAUUGGGUAAUAGUGGAUGUGAAGAUAAUGGAAUUUGCUCAUUUUUCAACAAGUGCUCAUGUUUUCCUCUUUACUUUGGAGAUCAAUGUUCAUGGUUAGAUUGUGAUCCAACUUCAAAAGAUACAUCCCAAAAUUCAACUAAAAGAUGCUCCUCAAAUGGUUAUUGUGUUAUGACCAGAAAUAAUUUGAAUCAAAAUUCUACCAUUUGUGAAUGUAAUAAGGGAUAUAAUGGUCAAUUUUGCCAAAAUAGUGAUUCUACGAAUGGAUCGGGAACAAUAGCUGCUAUAGUUGUUACAAUACUUGUUAUAAUUUUGGUAUUUAUAUUAAUGAUAAGUGUUGGUACUUUUAUCUAUGUUAAAAAGUUCAGAAACAAAUAUCAAGAUCCAGAGAAAAUGAAAAUGUUAAACAAUACUACACCAUCAACUUAUUCAGAAUCAAGUUGGUCAAAUUCUCUCUCCAUUCAGAAUGACACUAGUUUAAUAAGUAAUACUCACAGUAGUAUUUCAUCAAAGACACAUUUCAAAAUUAGGGAUAAAGAAUACAUAAUGGAAAGAAAAUUAGGAAGUGGUGCUAAUGGUUCUGUAUUUGUAUUUAAGGAAAUUAAUACCAAUCAGCAUUUUGCCGUAAAGCAAAUAGAAGUAACAAAUCCAUUUGGUACGGAAUUUAAAGAAGUCGUGAAUAUGUUUGAAUUGACUGAGGAUUCUAAUGCUCAUAUUGUACCAAUUAUUGGCUGUACAAUGGUCGAGAAUGGAGGAUUCAUUUGUAUUCUCAUGCCACUCUACAAGUGUGAUUUGAGAGAUUGGAUAUAUACAAAUCAAAAAUCAAUCACAAUUGAUCUAAUUAUUGAAAUUGUAAAACAAAUUGCUUUAGGAUUACAAUAUCUCCAUUCCAAGAAUAUGAUACACAGAGAUUUGAAACAAACAAACAUAUUCAUUGCCAAAGCCAAUGAAAAAGAUGUAUCAAAAUGUGAUGACUUUUUAUUGUGCAUUGGAGAUUGGGGAUCUUCCAGAUCUAAUUCACGAUCUGGUCUGACUGUCUAUGAAGGAACAAUUCAAUUCAGUUCUCCAGAAGCAAUCAUUAAGGGAGAAGUUGAACAAGCAAGUGAUAUUUGGAGUUUGGGAUGUGUUUUCUAUCAAUUAUUAUCUGGAGAUUAUGAAUCAAUUUUGUUUAGGAUUAAACAAGGCAAUGAUCUGGCAGAUAAUGAAGUACUCUUACCAAAAAUUCUUAAUUUUGGUAAAAAGAUGAAUUACAGAGAUGGAAAGGUUCAAUUUUGUUUUGAAUUAUUGUGUGAAAUGAUUAGAUAUGAUGCCAAGAUGAGAUUAACUGCCCAUCAAAUUUUAGCCAAGAUUGAAAACUUUAAAUAA